AUGCUUUCACUGCAACCAAUUUCAAUUCUAAGUGCUGGUGCCGAUGAAGAAAAGGCAGAAACCGCCCGACUUUCUUCCUUCAUUGGAGCCAUUGCUAUCGGUGAUCUUGUUAAGACUACUUUGGGUCCUAAAGGAAUGGACAAAAUCCUCCUCUCAUCCGGAGAAACUGUCGAAGUGACAAAUGAUGGUGCUACUAUUCUGAAGUCAAUCGGGGUAGAUAAUCCUGCAGCUAAGAUCCUUGUUGAAAUGAGUAAAGUUCAAGAUGAUGAGGUUGGUGAUGGUACAACUUCAGUAACUGUUCUAGCCGCAGAAUUAUUGCGUUUCCAGGCGUCACAAAAUGUAGAAGCUUCAAACUCCAAUUGUAAAUCUGUCAUCGCAACAUAUUUACAAAGUGCCAAAACUUACCCAAACGCUACGUAG